GAAGGGAAACCUGUAGAGCACCAAGUGCAGCAUGAUCACUAGCAGGAGCGCACGGCUGUGGAUUCCUAGGCAAUAAGCCCUCGCUCUACCAUGCCUGGCCUAAUCCCACAACCUCUCCCAACACAUUUCAACAUGGACAGAGACGACUGCAGGAGAAACAAGACCUUGUAAGUGUGAUCUUCAGGCACUUUCACUCAACUAUCAGCACAAGGGCAUCUAUUAGGAAAGAACCUCAUGUGCCGACUAAAGUGUCUGUUCUCCAGUUCGUCUGCUCCUGAGAGCAGGCUAAGUUUAGAAGACACCCAACAAUGGUCCCAGUCUCUGGAGCGACUCCUCGGUUCCAAAUAUGGCCUGGCCACAUUCCGCACCUUUCUGAAAGCGGAGUUCAGCGACGAGAACAUCGAAUUCUGGUUGACGUGUGAGGACUACAAGAAGAUAACGUCGUCCCAUAAGAUGAGCUCAAAGGCGAAGAAAAUCUUCGAGCAAUUCGUCGAAGCAGAAUCUCCGAAAGAGAUAAACAUCGACUAUCACACGCGAGAGGAAAUCAAGAGGAACGUGAAGAGUCCGACGUCACAGUGUUUCGACGAAGCGCAGAAGAUCGUUUAUGGACUGAUGGAACGUGACUCCUACCCUAGAUUUCUACGGUCUGAGAUGUACAAGACCCUUCUUGAGUCUCUCGCUGCGGAUAAUGCUCAAAGAUGACUUUGUGGACAUUUGACAACAAAGCUAAAACUGGAAUGGGCCUGGUCUUUGCAGGACCAGAACCCCAAAGCUUGUGGACAUGUGGAUCAGACUCCAAAAGAGUCCAACCUCUGAGACUAGAAGGAGACAAUACGGUUAGGAACAUGCUAUUGAUAUCAACGUCCAACAUGUUAUUGAAGUGCUUCUUAACUGAGGGUGCUUCCUGUGUAGAUAAGGACGUGGCUCCUUUAAGCCCUUCCGGUGGUUUCUGAAGCUACAGCGUGGGCACAACACUAUUUUCUGUUCCUGGCACUUCCAGAGGAUCUUUAAGAACUGCUUUACCAUGUCCUACAAUGACUUUAGUAGCGAAAAGCUAUUUCAGCCUAUUGGUUGAGUUGGUUUGGACACUUUUUGUGAGAGGAACUUGACAUAUCCUAUUUCAACAUCGGUGCCUUAUUGCCACAUAGACACGUAUGACAUGCCCUGAUAGCACACAUACAUAUAGCAUUAGAGAGACAUCUAUUUGACAUCUGCAUUUACAUCUGAAAGACGUAUCUUUUUAGAGUGUUUGCUCAUCUGCAAUGCGUCUAUUGGACUUUCCUAUCAGAUGUCAAAUAGACGUCUAUUAGAUGUUUGUAAGAUGUUUAUGGUUUAGAAUGUAUGUAAAACUGACAUCUUACAGACGUCUGUCAGAUGUUUGUACACAGCAGAUGCUUUCCAGAUCAAGUAAUCUCAAACAGACAUCUUGCAGAUGUAUGUGUGCUAUCUGGGAUGAGAGAAAUGUGUGACUUAAUUACCUACUUGAGAGGUCAAGUUUAAAAAAAUAAUAAUAAUAAUAAUAAAGAAAUAAAAAAUAAGAACAGUUGUAGCAUGUGUGCCACACACAAAAACUGUAGGCAUUACUUGUAAUGUUAUAAAGUUUAAUUUAAAUAAAGAUGUUUUCUAUUUAUUAGCCACAGCCACUGGUUGGAUGUUGACUUCUUUCUGUCCACUGUCAAUUUUGAGGACAAUGAAAUAAAGAUUAGACACUGGUGAA